CGGACCACCGGCGGAUGUGACCUUCUACAUGUACUACUCGCAGCGGCCUCGCAAGUGGGAUAAACGCUAUGUGACCCUCCGGUCCGACGGCCAAGUGACGGUCUCCAAGAAGGAGAAUGCCCAAGAUCCAACCAACGCUUGCCAUCUUUCUGAUUUCGACAUCUACUCCCCUACGGCCAGCUACCUCGCGAACAAUGUCAAGCCGCCCAAAAAGUUCUGCCAGGCUGUCAAGAGCCAGCAGAAAUCCAACAUGUUCCUCUCUACGGAGAAUUUCGUCCAUUUCUUCUCGACCAAUGACCGCGAGAUCGCCGAUGGCUGGUACCGGGCUGUCCAAACCUGGCGCAGCUGGUACCUGGUGACGAAGCUGGGGGCAGGCCAGCCAGCGGAAGCAGAAGCCAUGCAGCCGGACGAGACCCCAUUCAAGCCCUUGCUGAACCCCUUUGAGGAGCCAGCCAACGAGGUAAAACCGUCGCCACCCGCGCCGGAGCGGAGCAAAUCCAUGAAGACCAAGGAACUCUUCUCGCACAAAAAGAGCACCCGCGAGCGCGGGCCUCCACCCACGUCCUUCCCCAAGCUUCUCACCGGCGAUUCCGACCUCGCGACAGGCUCAUCCUCGGAUGAAGCCCCGUUCUCAGCAUCCGGCCUUCUCGGCCGAACCUACACCAUGCGCCAACGCGCAUUGAAAGAGCGCGAAGAGCAAGAGAAACGAGACAACGAAGAACUGAUCAAACAAGGCCUGAUCGGCACCAUGGGCUCCCGCCACCCCAGCCGCACCAACACCAUGACAUCCAGUCACGGCCCAGACCCCAACCUCCCUCGACGCACGCAAUCCAUGAAAAACAAACCCCUCGUCGACCUAACCCCCGUCUACCAAGAGCCCCCGCAACACAUCCGGAAAGGCCGCGGCAUCGCCGUCGAACCAGGCCUGCCCCUUAUCGACGCCGCCACGGGGCCCGAAGCCCCAGGCGGAAUUCAAAUACCCUCCGCCACCACCUGGCGACGACCCCAGGUGCCGCCUGAACCGCCCAUGCCGGAGGUCCGCACUCGCAAUCGGUCCAACACUGCCCGCAGUGUCAACAACCAACAGCGGUAUCAUCAUACCGCUCCGACCACGCCAACAGACGGAGAGAAUCUGCGCAGCCAAGACGGCCCGUUCAUCCCUAACAGUUUGUUGGCACGGACUACACCGCACCAAAAUAUACAAGGAUCUCCGGUCGGCCAUGGCGUGGCAACGGGGGAUCGCAAUGCCGCGAAACCGAUGUUGGAUAUGUCGCCGGACAACCCGUUCGCAGAGGGGAGUUUGUUACGGGGAUUGUGAGGUUUUGAUUAUACAGCAUGUAAGCUGAUUUACGAUUACGAUCGCAUUGGACUUGAGCAGGGCGUUUAGUUGCUUUGUUUGUUUUUUUUUCUUCGUAUUGUUUGUGUUGGCUUGGCUUACUUUGUCAUUGGCAGUGACACUUCUUUUUCCUCUUCUUUCCAUUUCUAGUUACUUUACUUUUCUACCCCUAUUCCCACUUUGUUUGUCUGUUGUAUGUUUGUUUGUUUUCUUCGUGGUAGUCACGUGAGGCGAUUCAUAGUAUUCUCCCCAUUUGAGCGUGCGCAUUUAGCAAAAGUAGAGAUACCUUACUUUGAAGCUUUGGCAUAAGCUAUUGAUUUUAUGCCGGUGACAGCAUAC